GCGAGAGCCAUGACUUCCGGUUCCGGUUGGAAGUGUGGACUUUUAACAACAAUGGUCGAUCAGUCUCCGUGGAAAUUUGGUUUCGUUAGUUUUCAGUAAAGGUAUAAGUUUGGUUAUGGUGAAUCCUGUAUUGUGUAGUGUAUUUCACCUCGUAUUAACCGCAGGUCGUAGUAAUAAUUUACUGUAGCUGUUAUUAGUUGCAAUAGAAGCGGGGGAUGUUUUGAAGUGCUAGCUGGCGGCACAGUUAACCUACCAAGUUAUCAAGUAAACCUACAUCUCUCUCCGAGACAAGGAAAGGAAAAGCCUCGUUAAUGUAGAGUGGCAAUGUAUGGCUAGUUAGCUACAUUUGAAUAAAACGACAAACGUGUUGUUGUAUUUGCGUGCUUGCUAGUUAGCCAAAUGACGUGAGGCAGAUAAUGGAAGAAGAUGGGAAAGUUUCUGCGUGUUCGGCAGCUGAAGAUGCUUCUACCAAAGAAGAAAUAUGGUGCUUAAAAAGAGUCGGGAAGACUUCAGAUUGGCUUCGCCUAUUCGAGGAUACGGAGGUGACACUCGGACGAGCCUUGAAUGUGACCUAUCAGCUGCUAUCCUUAUCCUGCCCCUUAAUGAUAUCUAGACAACACUGCGUCUUCAAGCAAAAUGAAUAUGGGCAGUGGACGGUAACGGACAAAAAGAGCCUGAACGGGGUGUGGGUGAACGGCACGCGCAUCGGUGCGGAGCAGCCCUGGUCCCUGAGCGCGGGGGACUCUGUCCGGCUGGGCGUUCCCGUGGAGGGGGUGCAGGUGGAGUUUGAGUACGUGCUGGUGCGGGACGUCCUGCAGGCGGUCAGGGCCUUCCUGCUCCCUCCCCGCUCCGGGGGCGGGGCCACGGCCAUGCGCCGGGCCAAGAGGAGCAAGCGCAAGCUGGAGGGGGCGGAGCCUGAGUCUGAGUCGCGCGCCAAGCUUUUCCGCUGUGACACCGAGGGCGUGCCCGGGACCCAGCCGUGCCCCGCCUCCCAAACGCCACUUCAGCCUGGAGAGGCCCCGGGCCCCAGUGUGGCCCCCAAGAGCCCCGGUGUGGCCCCCGAGAGCCCCGGUGUGGCCCCCCAGAGCCCCCGCAGCGAUCUGAGCCCCGCCCGCUCCCAUCGCCAUGGCGACAGGGACCGCCAGGCACACGGACGGCAGCAGGCUGGCAGUCUGCCGGAUCCUCUCCGCUGCGAGGAGGUUGAGAAAACCCAGCAGGAAGAGGAGGAGCUGAAGAAGAGGCUGGAGGAAGCACUGCUGGAGCGAAGAAAAGUUAUGGAGGAACUCAAGUGUUCUCGGCAGGGCUUCGAAGAGAUCCUCCAAGCCAAAGACAAGGAGCUGGAGGUGACCAAGGAGGAGAAGGAGCAGGCUCGGGCGCAGAAGGACGAGGUGAUGAUUCAGAUGACGGAUGUUUUGGAAAACGAGCUGCAGUGUAUCAUCUGCUCUGAGCUCUUCAUUGAGGCGGUCACGCUGAGCUGCGCGCACAGCUUCUGCCUGCACUGCAUCGGGGCGUGGCGGAGGCGCAGCGGGGCGUGUCCCAUCUGCAGACAGGAUAUCCUGUCUCAGACGCGCUCGCUGGUGCUGGACAACUGCAUCGACCGCAUGGUGGAGAGCCUGAGCGUCGAGCUCAAGCAGCGCCGCCUCGCCCUCAUCGCCGAGCGCAAAGGGCUGCCGGAGCUGAGGUCGGUGGUGCUCAUCACAGACAGCAGCAGUGAGGGCAGUGUUCUGGAGCUGGCCGACACCUUCGAUGAGAGCGAGCUUUUCUCCGACAGCCAAUCCCUGAGCCUGUGGUCUGACGACACCUUCAGCAGUGAUGAAGGCACCUCCUCCUCAUCCUCCAGCGACGACGACGCGUAGGCCUGUGGGCCCCACACACCACUACUCUGGACACGGCCCCUCCCCCCAGCUGUUUCCUCCGCCUCCACGUUCACAAUAUUUACUUUACAUGUCCUUUGGUUGUAUAUUUUUGUUUUGUUAUUUUUGAAUAAAGUAACCUCAAGAACUUACAGAUUA